CGGCGCCCACUCAACCGCCCCAAGCGCCCACUCAGGUGAGCACACAUUAGCCGAGGCGACGCUGUUGUCGUCCAGGUAACGCUCGCUAUGAAAACUAAACGAAUAUAGCAAAACAAAACAAACAUGAAACAAAGCACCGAAGCAGCCACCGAUGACAUGAAAAUUCUGAAAAAUUCAAACAGGCAGGCGGCGACGAAUAGUCACGUCGACAACUAAGCACACAGCGAGAUUAUAUCACCAUCAUCAUCACAGCCAAGAUUGUGGACCUGGACCGGCGCUCCGUCGAGGCGACAGUAGAGCUCGACACUCGUAAGCACACUGGGGAAUUGCAUAGACAUCGACUCCGUGGCCGUAGUGCAGCACAAGCUGGUGCAUAAGAUUGUGUGAGUAUGCAGCAGAGGUGGAAAAAUGUCCACGCCAGUGCUGUACUAUCUGCCUCCGAGUCCGCCAUGUCGCAGUAUUCUGCUGCUGGCCAAAAUGCUCGGUCUGGACUUUGAGCUGAAGAUCGUCAACAUAAUGGAGGGGGAGCAGCUGAAGCCCAACUUUGUGGCCAUGAAUCCGCAGCACUGCGUGCCCACAAUGAACGAUCAGGGACUGGUGCUGUGGGAAAGUCGCGCCAUACUCUCAUAUCUGGUGGCCGCCUAUGCCAAAUCUGAUGAGCUUUAUCCCACGGAUAUACGCGUACGAGCGCUGGUGGAUCAGCGUCUACACUUUGAUCUCGGCACGCUCUAUCAACGUCUCACCGACUUUUAUUUUCCCACAAUGUUCAUUGGCGCCCCACUGGACGAGGUCAAACGCGCCAGACUAACUGAAGCCGUCGGCUGGCUAAAUGCAAUACUGGAGGGCCGCGAAUAUGCAGCCGCAGAUCAUUUUACAAUUGCAGAUCUGACACUUCUCGUCACUGUCUCCCAGCUGGAGGCCUUUGAUUUUGAGCUAAGACCCUUCAAACAUGUCAAGCAAUGGCUAGAUCGCUGCAAGGAGCAUAUGGCGCCCUAUGACUACGAUGAACUGAAUGCCAGCAAGGCGUCUAUGUUGGCCGACAUGUUCAGGGCGAAAAUGAAUCAAACAGGUGGAUCCUAAUUAGCUACAAAUAUACAUAAUAUAUCAAAUACCAUAAUAUACUCAUGUGAAUGUUAAUGUUGUACUAAAUAAAUACAAUUUGUUUUGC